UUUUUACAUCAUUUAUACACUGAGGUGAAAGUUGAAAGGUUUCCAGCAUGGCGGCGCCCAUGCUGCGGAGUAUUUUUCGCUUUUAUUGCAACAGUCCCGGUUUGCGGAGCUUGCACGGGCGCAGUAUUAAAGUUGGUGCAGGGUUACAGGGGGAAGAGGCCAGCGGUGAUCGUGUAGACACCCGGCCUCGUAGAGAGCGGCGUGGAAAGGAGCGCAGUGAUCCUGCUGCCGGUACCGGUUUGGAGGAAGAGCAGUCCCCUCCUUCUCCACGAGCCCAGCAGCUAGCAGAACGACUUCGCGAAGAAAAGAGGCGGGAGCAGCAGAAGAAGAAGCCAAAUACAGUUCCCCUUGACCCUAUAGCCAGACGAGCACAUGAACUCCGCCAGCUGGGUCUUCAUCUUCAGCGCGUGCCGCCUACUAUCUUGGCCAAAGAACUCAAACGAGGGGUCCUGUAUCAGGAUGAGGAGAUUGUGGCAAUCAACAAGCCAUAUGGAAUUCCAGUGCAUGGUGGCCCUGGGGUUCAGAACAGCAUCACUGAUGCGCUGCCUGCUUUGGCCAAGAUGAUGUACGGAAUGCAUGAGCAGCCUUUACAUCUCUGUCACAGACUGGACAAGGAGACGACGGGGGCCAUGGUGCUGGCUCGUAAUGCUGAGGUGGCUCAAAGGAUCCAUCACUAUUUCAAGACACAUCAGGUGCUCAAGAAAUACUGGGUGAUCAGUGUUGGAAUCCCUAAUCCUACCACAGGAAUCAUUGACAUUCCAAUCAUGGAGAAAGAAGUGACUAGUGGGCAGCCACAUUUCAAGAUGACUGUGUCACCUCUCUAUCGCAUAUCUAACGAAGAGGGAAAAUUGUUGAGAGCGAGGAAGAAUCGGGACUCGCACAGCGCUGUGACGCAGUUCACUGUCUUGGAUAGUUUUGGGGCAUGUGCCCUUGUGGAGUUAAUACCAACAACAGGUGUGAAACAUCAGAUCAGAGUGCACAUGGCAUAUGGGCUGAGCUGUCCGGUCCUUGGUGACCACAAGUACUCUCACUGGAACAAACUUGCCCCUCAGAAACUUUCAGAGGGUACGCUGAAGAAGCUGGGAUUGAACCAGGCCAAAGCCCGUUACUUGCCUCUCCAUCUCCAUGCACGCCAGCUGACCUUGCCUGGGGUGGAAGGUCAACCAGAGAUCAACCUCGUCUGCAAAUUGCCAAAGUUCUUCACCAGUAGUUUAAAGAGAUUGUUUUUGGAAGUUCCUAAAGGGGAUGACAAAGCUUAAAGGCUAUUCAGGUUUCUGCACUUGGAAUAAUGCAGGGUUUGUAAUAAAUCUGGGAAAGGACAGUUAUCCCUUUGAAAAGCACACUUGGGUGGCUUGUUUACCAUCUGCAAGUAUUCAGAUGGAAUUGAGUGAUAUGAGGAUAUGGAAUCUGUCGCUGACUGUUACACUGAAACAUAUUUGGUUGAGACUGCCGUAACAAAUAGGACUUGUAAUUGAUGCAUCCUGAAAAUAAACUGUUAUGUUGAUCAAA